AUGCAAGAGUUUGACAUAGAAAUUCGCGACAAGAAAGGAACGGAGAACGUCGUCGCCGACCACUUGUCAAGGUUAGAAAUUCCAGAACCAAUUAUAAGUGGCAUAGAGAUUAAUGAAACGUUUCUGGAUGAGAUGUUGAUGGUACUUUCGGAAGUAGAAACGCCAUGGUAUGCGGAUAUCGCAAACUAUCUAUCUUCCGAAAUAAUGCCGCCGGAUUUGACUUACCACCAAAGGAAGAAGUUCUUGAGCGAUGCUAAACGGUUUCUAUGGGAGGAACCGUACCUCUUCAAGGUGUGUGGAGAUGGGAUUUUGAGGAGAUGUGUCCCACUACAAGAGAUGAUGCCUAUACUUAGUCAAUGCCAUUCCUCGGACUAUGCGGGUCACUAUGGUACAUCAAGGACCGCCGCUCGUGUGCUAGAGUGCGGAUUCUUUUGGCCUACGCUAUUUUGCGAUGCAAAAGACUUUGUUAGUCAUUGCGAUCGAUGCCAAAGAGUGGGGAACAUAUCUAAGAGAGAUGAAAUGCCGCUUACCAACAUUCAAGAGGUGGAACUUUUCGAUGUAUGGGGAAUAGACUUCAUGGAGAAAACGGUUAAUAACACAAGGAAAGAUUGGUCACUAAAACUAGAUGAUGCAUUAAGGGCAUAUCGUACGGCUUUUAAAACGCCCCUCGGAAUGUCCCCAUAUCGUAUUGUUUUUGGGAAAGCAUGCCAUCUUCUGGUGGAACUUGAACAUAGAGCAUAUUGGGCCAUUAAAAAGCUAAAUUUUGACCUCAAAGCGGCGGGGGAGAAACGUAUGCUUCAACUCAAUGAGUUGGACGAAUUUCGGUUAAAUGCUUAUGAAAACGCCAAGCUUUACAAAGAAAAGACGAAACGAUGGCACGACGCUCAUAUCGUUCCUAAAACUUUUUCGGAAGGCUCUUUUGUCUUGCUCUACAACUCACGCCUCAAAUUAUUUCCCGGGAAAUUAAAAUCCCGUUGGAGCGGUCCUUUCAAAAUUCGAACGGUGGCAAGUCAUGGAGCUUUGGAAUUGGAGAACUCUAGUGGAGAAAUCUUCAAAGUAAAUGGACAACGGUGCAAGCCGUAUCUUGGACCUUUGACGGAUCAAGUGGUGGAACAAAUCACGUUCACCACUCCUACAUAA